GUUUGGUAAAAUAUGUCAUAGUAGUUGUAGAGGAUAAGAUUUUUGUAAAUGAUUACAAAAGUUUACAAAAAAUUAUGAAGGGCAAUAACUCCUAAAGGGUCAAUUUACCAUUUUGGUAAUGUUGUCUUAUUUGUUGAUCUUACUUUGCUGGACAAUUAAGCUGUUUACUGCUUAUCUCUAUAUCUAUUAUCCUUUUCAAGAAAUUAACCAAAAACUGCAAAGUUUACUUAAAAUUACCAAUUUUGGGCAGUAACCGAUCAACAGGUUGUCUGAUGUGUCUGAAAAUUUCAGGGCAGAUAGAUCUUGAACUGAUGAACAUUUUUUUUUCAAUGUCAGAUUGCUGUAAAUGCUUUUGUUUCAGAGAUAUAAGCCAAAAACUUUAUUUAACCCCCAAGGAGUUUCAAAGAGGAUUUUUGGAAGAAAUUAAAAUUUACAAAAAAAUGUGAAAAAUUGACUUUAAAGGGCAAUGACUUUUUUUGGGGUCAAUUCACCAUUUUGGUCAUGUUGACUUAUUUGUAGAUCUUACUUUGCUGAACAAUUUUGCUGUUUACAGUUUAUCUCUAUCUAUUAUAAUAUGCAAGAUAGUAACAAAAAAAUGCAAAAUUAAAUCACAUAACUCUGAAAUGUAAAAUCUAAAAUUUAUGUUAAUCGAAAGGGAGCAUACGUCAAAAGAUAUAAACAAUUCACCAAAGUUUCAUGAAAACUGCUGAAAGCAUUUUUGAGUUAUUGUCCAAAAAUUGGAAAAUACCCCUUUUUUAAUGAAUAAAACCCCAUAAUUGGGAAACUUAAAAUCUAAAUUUUAUAAAAAUCAGAAGGGAGCAUGUAAUAAGGCAGGACAGAUUACAACUACAAAAAAAGAAAACGAAGGACAAAAUUUUUCAUCCUACAAAAAAUGUAGCUCCCCCAAUAAAAAUCAAAUGGUAGCUCUCUUAAGCCCAUAUUUUAUUGCAUUAAAAAAAUUCUGAGUCAUAAAAAUAUAUCUUUGGUGUUUCAAAGCAUAUUUAAUAUUUAUUGAGUGUUUCUGUACGUGGAAAAUUUCACCUCUUUUUAUACCCAUGUACAUAGAUAAAAAAAGAGGUUGUACAUGUAUAAAAAUGAGGUGAAUCUUUGAUUAGUUAACUUCAAGUGAUGGUUAUUUGAUUAUAUACAACAAAGAUACAUUCUAUAUAUUCAUGUUUAUCAUAUAUUUAGUACAAAAUACAGCAAUAUUGUAUAUCUAAUAAAGGUUCUUUUUUCCAGUCUGAGUGUGGCUUAGGUCUUCUUUUUUUCUAUGUUGUGUUUAUAGUGGAUAAUUUUGCAGUUUUUUUUCUCAACCAUUUCAAAUCAGCUCUAUGAGUAUUUUAUCCUAAAUAAGCAAAUACAUUUUAUGCUUCUUUUUUUUUAAUUGCUGAAAAUUUCAUCCAUAGCAAUGGUGCAACGACCUCAAUUAUUUUUUAUAAACAUUUGUAAGGUUUCUCGCUUAUUUUUAUAUUUUCCUCUAGAUACUAUCUUUUUUGACAGUAAUACUAAGAAGCUUCUGUCCAAGUUUGGUUCAAAUUAUUGUGUUAUUGUAAAUUCUGAUGGAAAAUUUACUUGUAUGGAUGAGAAAAACGUUUUGUAGCUGUAACAGGCAGGAGCAAAUUUUAUUCACUGAAGUUUCGUAGGAAAUAUGGGAACUUUCAUUCCUUGUAAUUUGGCGAUUUAGGUGUACCAAACGUUACACACUGACACAGGCAUAUUACAAACUGUCUCAACUGGCCAUACAUUAUUCUUAUUUGAAAUACCAGUAUUGUAAAUGUGUAAAUGCUUUUUGGGCACCAAGUCUUACCUAUUACAUCUUCUAAAGAAUUAAAAUAAUCAUCAGAAUCUGCCAUUCCUUCAGACGAUCUGGAAGCCAUGAUCGCGUGCUGAUUUCCCAGUUCUAUUUUCGUUCGUGGAGUAAUAUUAGUAAUUUCUAAAGAUGUUUUUACUCCAGAUAUUAAUUUGAUGUAAUUUCAACAAAGUAAAUGAAAUAAUAUAUUUGCGUUUUACUUCAAAACAUGCUAAUGUCGGCAACAGCAUAUGAAUUCGCGCAUCGUUGAUGGAACUACUUCGCUCGUUUUGUUUGUGUUGUGGUUGUAAAUCGGUCACGUGCAGCUGUACGUCUGUCAACAAUCAAACUCAAGAUGUGGAAGAUAGACGCAGGGGUUGUAAAAAUUGGUAGCAAACAAGCAGUUGAUGAAAAUGGAAAGAAAUAUCCGAAGGUUAAAUCCGUCAAAGAGUGUAAAUUUGUCUAUUUGAUUUAUUUCAUUGGUCAGAAGAAGGGGCUAAAACUUGGCAAAGACAAAUAUACAGGUUCUAGUGAAGUGAUUAAAAGGUUUCAGCCCAAACCGUCCAGACAAUUAACCAAAGAAAAACAGAACAGGCUGCCAGCAGUAACGCAUAUUGAGCCGAGUUUUGGUAAAUCUGUUGAAGAUGAUAAAUUGAUUGGUGAAUUUACUGUUGACGCUAAGACCCUUUCUAGCCCACCACAGGAAUAUUUAUGCAGGACAGUAAGGGAGGACUGGGUUGUAGAGAUAAGAAAUAAAAUACGUGAGCAAGCAGCAAUCCCACAGGGGACACAUCUGCCUGUGCUAGUGGACCCAUCUCAGGUACUUUUAAAUACUAAUAUUUGAAAGAAAAAAAAAUUCUCCGACUGUAAUAUUUGCAGUUUGCAUAAUUUAUUUAAAAUAAUGUAUAACAGUUGAUUAAUGAUGAGUAACAGAUCAAGAAUAAGUGAACAUUUUUUAUGCCCCCUCCCCCGUCAUAGCGGAGGGGGCAUUAAGUUUUCCCCUUGUCCGUCCGUCCGUUCGUCCGUCCCAAUAUUGGUUUCCGUUCUCUAACUUUAGUUUGCCUCAACCAAAUGUUAUGAAACUUAUACACAACGCUUAUUAUCACAAAACACAGGUCAAGUUUGAAUUUGGGUGGCGUCACUUUUACCAUUCUAGAGUUAUGCCCCUUUACAAAUGGAAAAAUUGCUGAAUUUUUCGUUUCCGUUCUCUAACUUUUGUUUGCCUCUACAAAAUGUUAUAAAACUUAUACACAAUGCUUAUUACCACAAUAAUUUACACUCUUAAGGUUAAGUUUUUUAUAAGUACAAAAUAUAACUAAAAUACACAGGACUGUUUCAAAAUACAAAAUUCUUUUCAUAUUACUACUUAAGCUACCAUAUACACCUUAAAAAUAAUGAGAAAUUUCAAUAUGCAUAUCAACAUUUAUUUCAGUGUUCAGAUCCUGAAAAUUUUAGAAGUAAACUCCUAGAGAGUAAUUCACAGAUAACAUCAACUGAUUUUACCCUUUAUUUGCUUGGUGGUAAUCACCUUGUGGCUGCUAUCAAGGGAUUGCAAGAAGAAGGAAUCAAAGGAAUUGGUGAACUAGAUGUGUCAGUUUAUGUUGGUUUAACACCAGAGGAAGCAAGACUGUUAGGCAACAGACAUAACUUUCAAAUGUCAACUUUACCAGUGACAUUUCAACAAAAAGUAGAACAGGCCAGGCUGUAUUUUAAAGCUGGUUAUAAGGGUAAAGAAUUGGUGGAACAAAUUAGAAAAAUUAAUAUGCAGACAGAUAUUAAUAAAACAAACAUAACUGAAGACAGCUGUAGCACAAUUAAAAGCAUGGCGUCCUACUCAGAGAGAUGUUAUAUAUCUUUUAUAAGUUUAGUGAAAAGAUUUGAAGCUAAACAGGGAUGCCAGAAGAAUAUUCCACAAAAGCUAUUCCGGGCUUUACAAGGUCUUUCUGAGGAGACAACAUUUUCUUAUCUAAGCCUUGCUUCUGAAGAGGGAUUGGACAAGACGGCAGGAAAUGUCUAUAGGCUAAAGGCAAGAAAAAGCUUGCAGACAUUUUUAUGUCAAGCAGUUGGAAAAGACAAUUGGGAAGAGGCAUACAGAGUGUACCCUGAGGUUUCAAAUAAAAUUGAAGAGCUAGUUGAAAAAAAAAUCAGAAGAAAAUUUGUUCCGGAAGUGUUCAGUGCAUACUGUCAUUCACUAACAACAAGACCAGUUUGUAACAAUGAAGAAGAGACACAACCUCCUGCUCCUGAACAUGCUAAUAGAGAUGAAUCAGAAGCUGAGACACAACCACCUGCUCCUGAACAUGCUAAUAGAGAUGAAUCAGAAGCUGAGACACAACCACCUGCUCCUGAACCUUCAACUCCAAAUUUUGAUAUUGAAAUUAUUAUUAAAACUAAGGGAAAGGAAAUUGUAAUUACUGAGGAAGCCCAGAGAGUUAUUGAUUUUCAUAAAUCUAUUCUAGAUAAAGCUCUUACAAAAGUACUGCCUUUGGAAGAGUAAAAUAAACCUUUAAUGUAAUUUAUAAGUCACUUCCAAAUCUUGUAAACACUGACUUUUCUAAAAGCUUCAUUAUUUUGUGCUCCAUCAUACCCUGUAGUGUAAUAGAUAAAAAAAAUAAUCUGAAAAAAAAGUAUUAUUUUCUUUUGUAAAAAUAGAAUUAUCAUUUAAGAUUAAACAAGGACUACACAAGUCUUUAGUAGAUAGAAGUUGACCAACUUAUUUUAAAAUGAGAUUUUGAGUGGAUCAACAGUGGAAAUCACUAAAUUUUUGUUAUUUUCCAACAAAAUUCAAAAAUAUUUACUUUGACUUAAAUGUCAGACAAAAAUGUACAAAAAAUAUACAUUCAUUCACAACGUCCUGCUCCUGAACAUGCAAUUAGAGAUGAAUCGGAAGCCGAGACACAACCUUCUGCUCCUGAACCUUCAACUCAAACUUUUGAUAUUGAUAUUGUUAUUAAAACUAAGGGAAAAGAAAUUGUAAUUACUGAGGAAGCCCAGAGAGUUAUUGAUUUUCAUAAAUCUAUUCUAGAUAAAGCUCUUACAAAAGUACUGCCUUUGGAAGAGUAAAAUAAACCUUUAAUGUAAUUUAUACAUCACUUCCAAAGCUUGUAAACACUGACUUUUCUAAAAGCUUCAUUAUUUUGUGCUCCAUCAUACCCUAUAGUGUAAUAGAUAAAAAAAAAAAACAAUCUGAAAAAAAAUAUUAUUUUCUUUUGUAAAAAUAGAAUUAUCAAUUAAGAUUAAACAAGGACUACACAAGUCUUUAGUAGAUAGAAGUUGACCAACUUAUUUUAAAAUGAGAUUUUCAGUGGAUCAACAGUGGAAAUCACGUGAUAUUUUUGUUAUUAUCCAACAAAAUUCAAAAAUAUUUACUUUGACUUAAAUGUCAGACAAAAAUGUACAAAAAACAUACAUUCAUUCACAACGUCCUGCUCCUGAACAUGCUAAUAGAGAUGAAUCGGAAGCCAAGACACAACCACCUGCUCCUGAACCUUCAACUCAAACUUUUGAUAUUGAUAUUGUAAUUACUGAGGAAGCCCAGAGAGUUAUUGAUUUUCAUAAAUCUAUUCUAGAUAAAGCUCUUACAAAAGUACUGCCUUUGGAAAAGUAAAAUAAACCUUUAAUGCAUUUUAUAAGUUACUUCCAAAUCUUGUAAAAACUGACUUUUCUAAGAGCUUCAUUAUUUUGUGCUCCAUCAUACCCUGUAGUGUAAUAGAUUAAAAAAAAAAUCUGAAAAAAAUUAUUAUUUUAGUAGAUAGAAGUUGACCAAUUUAUCUUAAAAUGAGAUAUUGAGUGGAUCAACAGUGGAAUCACGUGAAAUUUUUUUUAUUAUCCAACAAAAUUAAAAAAAUAUUUACUCAAUGGACUUAAACGAUAAACGAUAAAAAUGUUCAAAUUAGCAAUACUGUAAAUAUACAUUUAUUCUGAUAUACACUAGUAUUAAGCUGAUUUCAAAACAUGGACAUUGCUAUUUUCUUUUAUGGGGAUACCCAUUUUGUAUCCAUUACUCCUCCUAAACCACAAAUCAUAACUUAAAGAAACUUUCUCAAAUUCCUCAAGUUAUAAUGCCAUUGUGCAUCUAUUCUAUUUUAUGUUCAAAUUGAUUUUGGGGUUUCAAAUACAAAACAAGUGGCAGGCAGUAUAGCUUUGUGCUCACAGUACCUGUCUAGUUUAGUUUUAACAUCCAUGUCAAUUGUGAAAUUUUCUAUUUCAUAUCAAUUAAGUAAUGAAAUUCAUUAAGUUUUAUAUAUAUAUGCAAUAUUUUUUUUCAUUAUAGAUGUAGAUAAUUUAUAAAUACUUUGCAGAUAAUUGUAUUUCUGCCAAUGCCUUAAACAGAUUUUUUUUUUGCUAAAAAGAUGUAAAUGAAUUGUUUGAUCUAUGCACAGGGAAAUAAUCAAAUGUAUAUUUGUUCAUAGUUAAGAGUAGAAUACAUACUGUCAUUUCCUUUUCAUUUUUAGACUCAUAUUUCAUUCUCCAUAUAUAUUUAAUGGUCAUAAAUGUUAUUAAAUGUAUUUCACACUAAGUCUUAUGAAAUUUAAGCAACAUCACACAGUGAAGAUCCUACAAUUAGAUUUUUUUCAAAAUUUUAAAUGAAAGUCAAGUUUAAUGUGCACUUCUGUAAUAUGCAAAGAAGAACAAAAUAUUUUCAUGAUUAACUUUCAAAGAUAUUAUAUUGAUUUUUGUUUUCUUUUCAAAAACUGUUAUCGAGAUUCCAGUGAAUAGAUACUACACAUUUUAAUAAGCCCGUUUACGGGACGUAUUAUGGUAUACCGUUGUCCGUCUGUCCGUCCGUCGUCAACAUGUCGGACAUUAACUCAAAAAUGCUUUAACCAAUUUGCAUAAAACUUUGGUGAAUGAUUUAUAUCUAUUGACGUGAGCUCCCUUUCGUUUUUUAUAAAAUUUAGAUUUUACGUUUCCGAGUUAUGGGGUUUUAUUCAUUAAAAAAAGAGGGAUUUUCCAGUUUUUGGACAAUAAGACAAGAAUGCUUUCACCAACUUGCAAGAAAUUGUGGUGAAUUGUUUAUAUCUAUUGACAUGAGCUCCCUGUCGAUUUUCAUAAAUUUCAGAUUUUACGUUUCCGAGUUACAGGGUUUUAUUCAUAAAAAAAGGGGGAAUUUUCCAGUUUUUUGGACAAAAACUCGAAAAUACUUUCAGCAAUUUUUAUGAAACUUUGGGGAAUUGUUUGUAUGUAUUGAUGUAAGCUCCCUUUCGAAUGUUAUAAAUUUUACAUUUUACAUUUUUGAGUUAUGGGGUUUGAUUCAUUAAAAAAGGGGUGAUUUUCCAGUUUUCGGACAAUAACUCAAAAAUGCUGUCACCAAUUCUCAUAAAACUUUGGUGAAUUGUUUAUAUCUAUUGAUGUAAGCUCUCUUUUUAUUUUCAUAUAUUUCUAAUAUGACAUUGAGAAUUAAUUGAACUUUAUUUGUUUAUAGUCUGACAACAGAUUUACUAAGUAUUGCACAACAGCAAGAAAUCUUUAAUUGAAUAUAAAUUCAAUUCAUACAACCAAUUUCAAGAUCUUUGACUACAUUUAUUCAGAAACCUAUAAUAUGUCAAAUAUUUAAUUACAAUCCAAAUUCAGACCUGAAUCAAGCUUGAAUAUUGUGUCCAUUUUUGCCCAAACUGUUCAGGGUUGGACCUCUGUGGGCGUAUCAAGCUGCAUUCAGCGAAGCAGUUUAUUAUAUUUUGUAAUAUCAUACAGAAUUAUAAUAUUGAAAACUGUUGGCUCUAACAUCCUUGAAGCAGUUUCAAGCCAAUUGCAAAAGUAAAAUAUGGGGGUCCAUGUGGUAGUUUUUUUUAGCUUAAUGCAGCAAAUAUCAUAUAUUUAAAGCUUUUCACCAUUUCCCGUUUCAGGCUAGAUUACUUUGUAGUGUAUUCAUAAUGCAACAUCAUCGUGCAGCCAUUUCUGCUGUUUAUAUAAACAUUAUACAUGUUUUUUUAACUGUUAUUUUCUAAGUCAUUAAUGAGAAAAAAAUUAAACAGCCUUCAUUUUGCCUUGAAUAUUAUGUCCCCUUGUAAAUUUCACAUGCUUACAUCUUGGAUUAUACAGCAUCUGCAUUUUAACUGAAAAAAACUACUAUGUAACUCACAUCACCAGUUUGAUGAUGUAAUGAAUUUUCUGUGAAUUGUUAAUGCUUAUCAUUAUUAUUGAGGACAUAUUCAUUUUUUAUUAUAUUCAUGCUCAUUACCGCAUUAGAGUUGUCUUAUAUUUUUUGUAAUUUCAACAUGUGACACAAUAAUAAUAUAUAUUGAGAGUAAAAAACACAAAUAUGAAAUAAAAUAUCAUAGUACUGACA